AUGGCUGAUUGGGAUCGCUGGGUUAUAACAACUGAUGAUAGGGUUAAACAUGAUGCACAGUUUCAGUUCCUCAAACCUAUCAGGGGUUAUAUAACAGGCGAACAAGCUCGGGUUUUCUUCAUGAGGUCGGGUUUAUCGGUUAUGAUUCUAGGACAGAUUUGGGCGCUCGCAGACAUAGGCAUGGAUGGAAAGAUGGACAAAAAGGAGUUUUCGAUAGCUAUGUUUCUCAUAAAGAAAGCAUUAGAAGGCACGCCCUUACCUACUACCCUGCCUCAAGGUCUUAAAAAUGAUCCUCAGCCUUCAUUCAUGGCACCAUGUUCUACACUUGCUCUGAGUCUAGUUAGCAAUUCGGGUCAGAAUAGUGUAUCUGCUGUAUCCUCGUCGAAUGGACAAGAUUCUAAUUGGCUAUCUUCAGGCUACCAGGACUGGGUUAUUUCGCCGAGCAAUCGUCCACGUUACCGACUUCUUUUCAACCAACAUGAUCGCAAUAAACGUGGUUUCCUUACUGGUGUCGAAGCAAGAAGUAUUCUUUUACAGUAUGGUCUUUCAAACCCUAUUCUCGCUCAUAUCUGGAAUCUUGCGGACAUAGAUAAAGAUGGCAAUUUGAACUGCGAUGAAUUUUGUAUUGCAAUAUUUUGA